UUUUCUCAGACACAUCUACUACACACAGCACAUGUGGAUGGCAUAACGCCGCCAUCUGCUGGAUAUAAGGUGCAUGUGCAGGCAGGAAAGCUCAUUCCAGUGGGUGACCGAGCAAAGACAUGUUUGCGGGAAAUUACGCCAAGGUGUGAAACUCCACCUGUGGUCAGAAAGUUUGUCCAUUCGGCUUAUCCGACUGUUGGGUCAGUUCGGGUGUUUCAUGGAAAGGCAAAUGAUCCUGAUAUUGCCAGUGCUAUAGUUCAUGGUGUGAGCACUAAAUCAUCUAUAGCUGCUGGAUCUGUGAUCAAUCCUGCACCAAAGACACGGUUUCAAGACAGACUGCGACAGCUUCAAGAAAGCAUUUAUGCCACCAAUCAGAAGGCACCUCUUGGAAGGUCACAGGUUCAAGGCCCCGGUUUGCCAAGCUGGCUUGAUCCUGGGAAAACAGCUUUUGGGGUUACAACCCUACAAUGUUCUGAUGUCGGUGAAAUCAUCUAUCCACACAAAACUGCACAUCAGGUGCAGGAGGAGUCUGAGGAGAAACAUCAACUUUACAUUCACUCACAUGGCUCCUAUUAUGUAGGGGAGCGUGUGGACAGGAAGUAUAACUUUGAUAGAGAAAGUCGAUUUGGUAUCCUUACACCUCAUCGCAAUGAUGGGAGGAACACCUCCAGAUGUCUCCACUGGCAGAACAACAGUGCAAAAUUAGUUUCAAAACGUUGUGAUGACUUCAGAGAGAAGACUCAGCCGAAGAUAGGCAAAGUUCAUGACCCAAUUGCAGAGACGUUAAAUGUUCCCAGGGAUCACACAUUUGGAGUCCUGAUGAAACCUGACAGCUUUGGUGCAGGUGACCUCAUCCAUCAGACUUCACCUGAUGAGUAUCUGAAAGGUAAAGACAGACGGAGAACAUUGGUCAACGCUGUUCGCCAGCACCUUAAGAAGUCCAACUACCAAAACUUCAGCUCACUGCUGGAAGCAUUCAGAUACUAUGACAAGAAGAAUCGGUGGAAAAUAGAUAAGGAGGACCUGAAGGACGUUUGCCAUCACUUUAACAUGAUCAUCAGUGAGCCGGUGCUUGAUGACAUCAUGGAUUACUGUGACCUUGAUAAAGACGGACUGAUCAACUUUAUGGAGUUUUCCAACUUUCUAAACUGGAAAGACAAAAUGCCAAUCAACAGGACGGAGCAAAAAAUUCUCACAGGAGAACGCUCGGUAUGGACGGCCCCAGCUAACAUGCAGAGAACAGAACUUCAGGAAUCUGAUGCUUGUAAGGUCAUGGUAAGAUCGGAGGACUUGGAGUCUGUUGAGGUGGGAAGCACCAAGAAGACCCCUAAAACCCUAUCCAGACCCAGAUCUGUGCAGGACAGAUUUAUCACCUCAUCUUCUGUCAUCAAUGCUGUCAUCAAUGGGCAUCCCACCACCAAUUAUCAGACGUGUGGAGUACCGUCAGUGCGUACAGAUCUACCUGCCCCUCGUAUCAAAGGCAUCAGCGAUAGGACGAAUUACGGUGAUGAAUCAACAGCGUAUGAUUUGCUGCAUCCCACACUGCAUUCACUCUACGGGGUUUAUGAAGACCAACUUUUUGCUCCUCGUGCUAAAGACGAGAUAGCACAGAUAUUCCAGAAAGCGGGUCUGAAGUUUGAAGAUGAGAUGUUUGAUGAGGCCUGGAAGAUGGCGUCCAUGAGACAUCCCACCGGUGACGUUUGUGUGGAGAGCUUUCGAAACGUUCUGUGUGAGCUACAGUCAUGUUAAAACAACACUUCAGUAUUUUCGUCAUGAAAUGUGUUUAUUGAUGAUAAUAUAAUAAUAGCAGUAAAUAAAGACUUCAAUUACACAAGUGUUAUUACAAAUAUUAUUAAGAAUUGUUGGACCAAAUUUUUUAUUUGUAUGUCGGUUUGCAUAAAAUUACAAAUUACAAAUACAUGUAAAUGUUACAAUGAUAAAAUGAGAUUUGUUACGUUAUGAGUUAAUGGCCUAUGAAGGGGAUCAAUUUAGUAUCAUAAUAAAUGUGGAGACUACAAAGAUAAACAAUAAUUACUAUAACUAUAAUGAGACACUAAUAAUAAUAAUAAUAAUGACUAUAGCAGUGUUUAUUCUGGGGAAAAAGGAGGUUUAAACCCCGAUGACUUCUGUCUUUUAUUAGUUCACAUCCAUUAUUGGGUCAGCUGUAAUUUCCGCCACGUUAUUUGUUUAAUUUAGUCUCUUGUCAAAUGAUGUGAAGUGUUGCGAGGGGCCUGUCUGCAAUGAACCCUUAAUGUAGCAUAAUAAUACUUCAGCUCACUAAUGAAUUUUUGCCUCCCAGGAUAACAUUAUGCUGCAUUUACAGUUACUGUCAAUUACAAUAUUCUCCCAAAGGAUUACAGUAUAUCACACAGAAUACAAGUAAUUUACCAAAUUUGUCAUUUAUUAUGAAUGAUGGCUGUAAGACAUCUGUUUUGUGAGUGCACUCGGUCUAAAGUUGUCCUAUUUUUUUUUUUACAGAUUUACAGUUUAAUAAUUACAUAUUUUAUACAAUUUUAAAAUAUUUAUGCAUUCAAUAAAUUCAUGAUCCAAUCAGUUGCUGGUGGCUAAAAUCAAGUCCACUUCCUUUUUAUUGGACAUGAAACAUGGACAAAAUGGGUGGCAAAGAUUUUCACGUUGACUUUAAAUGCAUAAGCAAAUAUAUAUAAAGACAGAGAGACAUAUUGAUUGCUUUGCUUUUUUGCAUCAGAAAAAUGAGUGAAUGUUUAAUGCAUUAAACAGAUUAAUAACUGCAACGAGUCUUUAAUCCAUAAUAAAAGCCUAGAGGAGUGCAAAAUAAAAGCACAUUAAUGUUUUUAUUUCUUUUGUUCAGUUCAGUUGUAGUUGAAGCCAGCGUGAUUAAUUGUAUAAUAAGGUAUUAACACAUUUAUUUCUGUUGAAACGCGAGCUAUGAUAUCCACUGUUAAUCAUAUUAUGAUUUGUCUGCACACAUGUGACAAAACACCCACGCAAGUUAAACAGAUCAAUCCAUUACUGCCUCCAAACAUCAUAAUCCCACAUCCACGUUUCUAAAUGAUUUAAUGAAUUUCACUAAAUAAUCAUUUGACUGCCUUUGUUUAUGCAUUCAUGGCUUUAAAGGAAUGACGAGACAUAAAGGAGUUUUUCUACAGACACCGAAUGACUUCCACACUUCUACUGUCAGUUUAACUAAGGACUGAUUUUUAUAUCUAUAUUAUUAGAUGAUAAUCGGUCUCAGGACCCAUCUGUGGUUCUGUAUGAUCUGAAAGGAUCAAAUAUCAUAUUAACUGUAAUUUAUCUCGUCGGAAACAUUAUGAUCGCAUCCUCAGCCUGCCUAAACUUAAACAGCUUUCACAUACUGUUGUGUUGAGUAAACGGUUGUCAUAAUCUCUGUAUAAAUUUUCAUACUUGACACAGUAAUGAUAUUUUAGGAACCUCUGAAUGUUGUGAUUUCAAAAGUAGGAUAUACAAAAUAUGAAUAA